AAUGACCAACGCACAAGAGCGUAUGUAGUAAGACUACAUUUGGAUUCGUGAUUAAUCCACUGGAGAUGCUGAUGUGAAGAUGCGUACAUUCGGACAACACUAUCUCUAUUAUCAUGCUCCAAAUAAGAGAGAAAGAUUGGAAAUGAUUUGGAGAUCCAUGGGAAAAGCAUAUGAUUGGGAAAUGGAGAAAUUUAGAGUGAGUCAAUCAUUUAUAUAUUCUCUUAGAUGCAAAAGAAGUUUAUUGAUAGAGGCAACAAGAGGAGAUUCUUCAAGAAUUUCUUCCGAUUUAUCAAAAAUCCAUUUGGUUACAUCUAUUGGAAGACAUAUCGUAUUAGAUAACCAAAAGGACGUAUCAUCACAACAAUGCUUGGCUUAGGUGUUAUUGGUACUCUCUAUAAAUACAAAAUGGAAUCAAGUAAUCUAAGCAUAAUAAUAAUUAGAUUAAAUCUAAAAAAGAGAGUAUUAUCUCUUGACUGCUGGUAAAAACUCUGAAGGAAGUGGUCUUAUUAAUACAGGAUAUAAUAAUGAUAAGUAAUGAUUGCUUUUGAUUUUAGAUUGGCUCGUCAAGGAAUGCCAUUGACCCAAAUGUUUUACUCUUACCUUCAUGCCAAAGACAUAGUAGUAUCUAGAUCUAGAGAUUAAAAUUAUAGAAAAUACUUCGAAAUGAGAAAGAAGUAUUAAAUCAAAGAAUGAU